UUCUCCCGGAAGUGAGGACUUCCUCACCCCCUCCUCCCCACUCGCGCAUACUCUGGGCCUGAAGGAUGGAGGAUGACUUGGAGCUGGACGAGGAAAUCUGCAAGGGGGUAGUGAAGAUGGGUCGACGAGCUCACCAGGAUUACCUCCCAGAGGAAAACCAUCUUAGUCAGACCAACUCUCCAGGUUUAGAGCGUUCAUCAGUUAAACCUCAACUUCGGCAAAAAGUGUGGUAUGGCUCAGUUGGCGCCAAUGCUUCCAAGUCAAAAAAGAAACCCACAGAACAAGAAGUAGAAGACCACCGCCUGAGGCCGCAGAGCUUAGAGGGAGCAGAUGAUGGAGAAGAUAUUCCAGUGAUCCCUGACUUGGAGGAGGUACAAGAGGAAGACUUUGCCAUGCAAGUGGCAGCCCCACCCAGCAUUCAGGUGAAUAGAGUGCUGACCUACCGUGACCUGGACAAUGACCUCAUGAAGUAUGCUGCUUUCCAAACCCUGGAUGGAGAGAUUGACUUGAAGCUGCUCAGUAAGGUUCUAGCUCCAGAACAGGACGUACGAGAGGAUGAUAUGAGUUGGGACUGGAAUCAUCUGUACACAGAGGUGGCCUCAGAGCUUCUGAGCGAGUGGGACUUGGGGCAGACUGAAAAGGAGGAGACCCUUGCUCCGAAUAAGAACGCUUGAGCUUUGGCUACUGUGCUUUGACAUUCAGGAAGUGCCUCCUUUGCUAACCAGGCACAGCUGUCAACCACACAGGCACAACUGCAGAUUAUGAAUACAUUAUAUUUUGAAUCUAUGUUUUGUACCUAAAGAGUUAUUUUAGCCCCCAUAAUAAAAUGAAACAGCAGCUUUCUCAAAA